UAAACGCGCUCUCCAAUAGAUCAUAUGGCAUGACACCGGACGAAGCAUAAACACUCAUGGCGAACAAAAAGGUCUCCGUUUCUUCAACUUCCCUCUCCAUGACUCUUCCGAUUUCGUGCCAGAUAUGUCUAGGGAAGGUUAGAGAGCCUGUAGUUUGUCCUAACCAACAUGUGUUUUGCUCAAACUGUAUGGAUUUGUGGCUACGAACACACUCAUUCUGCCCAACGUGCCGAACGCCGAUAACAACGGAGAAGCCCUGCAAGAAAAUUCUUGGAAGUAUUGAUUUGCCAGUGAGUAAUGAUGCUGUAACAAGGGCAGACUUAAGACGUACAAGACUUGACUUAAUAAGGCAAGAAUAUGAGGAUGAAGUCAAGUCUCUCCAAAACACUGUCGAUCGUCUAAAAGCUGAAAACAAGCAACUUCAUGAAAAGAUGAUUGAAAGAGAGCGAACAAUGGCAUCUAUGGAUUUCACCAACAGACAUCGUGACAAAGAUGAUGGUGGUACUGGAAAACUAGACAUUGACAUGUUGGUAAAACUUACCACCAGAUUACAAGAAGCAAGCUACACUUAUGAAAAUCUGCGAGGUGAUAUGGACAAAAUUAAAGAGGAUAACAAGAGAUUACAGGAAGAAAAUAGGACUCUAGUCAGGGAAAAUUCACGUCUCAAAGAAGAACCCAAAUUUUCAAAGUCUCCUCAGAGGUACAGUCAUUACACAAUGGCUGGUCUUCAGACAAAGGUGGGUCAGUAUGAACGUGAGGUUCAACAGCUUAGAAGGGCACUUCGAAGGAGUGACACCUAUAUAGAGGAUUUAACAAACAAGCUGGAGUCAUCCUCAGGGCCAGCUUCCUCCAAACUUAAAAGGGCACAUCUUAGAACUAGCCCUGUACCAUCUUCAUGUACAAUAACAAGUCUCGCAGAUGACCAAGAUCCAUCAGAGAAGAGUAAAAGUAGUAAAAGCUCAGAUGUUAUUGAUGUUGAGAACCCCAGUCCACCUGAAGAUGCAAGUCCUCCUGUUGACAGUAGUCUAAAGAAAAAGAUUUCAACUGCAAGUGAUAAUGAAAAUAUCACUUCCAAUGGUCACUCCCCCAUCCUAGCACCAGUUAGCAGUGAAAGGUUCUCCUUAGAUAAUACUACUUCAUACGGAGGAGAAGAAAGGGAAUCAGGUUUGAGCUCCAGACGUAGCUCUGAAGUCAGCUUGUAUGGUCAAGACCUCGAUAUUCCUCCUGGGCCUCUCACAAGUUCACUAAACAUUCUUGAGCCAGUGGAAGGAGAAGCUCUUGAUCGACCUCCAUCUAGAGGUGAGCUUUUGUUACUUGGCGACCCUUCCAGCAGGCGACAGGAGAAGCCUGCAUUGGAAGAAAACCUCAAUAUGUUCACAGCAAGCCGAAGAUUGAUGAUGAUGAGUGAGCGAAGAGCAAGGCAAAGAGAAUCACUGGAGCCUGGUAAACUUUUGCGAGAUCUUGGAUCUUGUUCACCAACCAGCUCUGAGGGAGGAAAAAGAAAAUCGCUUGAUGCAAAAUCACUUGAUUUUGAUUUAUUUACUCCUGCACCAGAUGAGGAAUCACCCAGCAAUUCAGCUUCACAGGAAAAUUCCUCUCCCCCACCAACAUUCAAUAGAGAUGCAGAACUUACUGAAAAUGAGUCCCCCUGUUUCCGUACCUUUUCACUAGCUAAAAUAAAGUCAGAAAUUGAGGUAGAUAAUGAAGACGAAACCACUGCCAAGAAGCCAAGACUUGACUCAGAUGAGUUCCCAGAUGCUGAAGAGGAGGAUAAAGAGGAGAAAAAAAUUAAUUGAUUGCACCACCACUUCAUUCUUUAAGAAUCUUUUUUCAUAUCAUGUGAAAGCACAAUGUGAGUUUUUUUACCAGGUGAGAGGAGUUAUUUCAUAAUUUUAAUUUAUUGUAAAUCAUGCUUUUAUUAAUGUUGUAUAUAUUAUUUACUUAUUAAGUUAUUGAAAAAAGUUAUACAUUAAUAGUGCUGCAAAGUAGGAUUAAGUGGUUUUUAUUUGUAAAGAUGAUGUGUAUUUUUUUAGAUGAGCAUGUACAGUAUUGAAAUGAAGUAAAGAGGGAGAGGAAAAAAAAUCAAUUUAGAAAGUAACAGCUAGAGAGUUAAUGACAAUCAUUCACCAGAAUAUGUUGAUUAUCCUUAUUAAUUCACAGAGUUCCUUCUGUUUGUGUUUAAUUUUUUUCCCUCAACAUCAUCACUUUAACAAACAAUCUGAAGAAUUGAAUAAUUCAAACAUUUCUCUCUGGACUAUUUUGGACCUUUAGAAGAACAACAUUAUUUCAUGAAUUGUGGGUAUGCCUGAGGUA